CACCAGCGGGCUGGGAUGGGAGAGGUGUCCAGUCUGCUCUCAGCCAUCUGCCCUCCCUUAGCUCCCCUCCCUGCCGGCGUGGAGGCACGAGGUGGUCCUGGCAACAGACAUCUUCCUGCCCCCCACUGGAGGGGACGGACCCUGCUCUGUGUGAGCCCUGAUCCCCUCCAUGGGGGCCUGCAGCCCAGCGUCCCAUCCGAGCAUGGCCAGGCAUGUUCGAUCAGGCGAUACCCGUUGGCAGAGGGCUGUCCCUGCGGACGGUGCUUGGGAAGAAUCUUGGGGGGUCCGAAGGCAGCGUCGUCUGCUCCAGUAGCCUUUCGUACUAAGCCCCCUCCUUUUCCCGUCUCUCCCCAGGACUGGCAGCCCCCCUUCGCUGUGGAAGUGGAUAACUUCAGGUUCACCCCACGCAUCCAGAGGCUUAACGAAUUGGAGGCGCAGACGCGGGUGAAGCUGAACUACUUAGACCAGAUUGCGAAGUUCUGGGAGAUCCAGGGCUCCUCGCUCAAGAUCCCCAACGUGGAGCGGCGCAUCCUCGACCUCUACAGCCUGAGCAAGGUGGUGCUGGAGGAGGGGGGCUACGAGGCCAUCUGCAGGGACCGGCGGUGGGCUCGUGUGGCCCAGCGUCUCGCCUACCCCUCUGGCAAGAACAUCGGCUCCCUGCUGCGCUCCCACUACGAACGCAUCAUCUACCCCUACGAGAUGUACCAGUCGGGGGCCAACCUGGUGUGUGAUGCCCGACCCUUCGACAGCGAGGAGAAGGACAAGGAGUACAAGCCCCACAGCAUCCCCCUGCGCCAGUCCGUGCAACCCUCCAAGUUCAACAGCUAUGGGCGCCGGGCCAAGCGGCUGCAGCAGGAGCCGGAGCCCACGGAGGAGGACAUCGAGAAGAACCCGGAGCUGAAGAAGCUGCAGAUUUACGGGGCCGGCCCCAAGAUGCUGGGCCUGGGGCUGGUGGCCAAGGACAAGACCCUGCGGAAGAAAGACAAGGAGGGCCCCGAGUGCCCCCCCACGGUGGUGGUGAAGGAGGAGCCCCCCGGGGUGGAUCCCCGGCCGGAGCCGGCGUCGCCCCGCCCCUUCCUGGAGGUGAAGGAGGAGCUGCGGCACAGCCCGGAGCCCUGCACCAAGAUGACCAUGCGUCUGCGCCGCAGCCACGGCAACACGCAGUUCAUCGACUCGUACGUGUGCCGGAUCUGCGCCCGCGGGGACGAGGACGACAAGCUGCUGCUGUGUGACGGCUGUGACGACAACUACCACAUCUUCUGCCUGCUGCCCCCCCUGCCCGAGAUCCCCAAGGGAGUCUGGCGCUGCCCCAAAUGCGUCAUGGCGGAGUGCAAGCGCCCCCCAGAGGCGUUCGGCUUCGAGCAGGCCACGCGGGAGUACACGCUGCAGAGCUUUGGGGAGAUGGCAGACGCCUUCAAGGCCGACUACUUCAACAUGCCCGUCCACAUGGUGCCCACGGAGCUGGUGGAGAAGGAGUUCUGGCGUCUGGUGAACAGCAUCGAGGAGGACGUGACGGUGGAGUACGGCGCCGACAUCCACUCCAAGGAGUUCGGCAGCGGCUUCCCCAUCAGCGACAGCAAGCGGAGGCUGUGCCCCGAGGAGGAGGAGUACGCGGCCAGUGGCUGGAACCUGAACGUGAUGCCGGUCCUGCAGCAGUCGGUUCUGUGCCACAUCAACGCCGACAUCUCAGGCAUGAAGGUGCCCUGGCUCUACGUGGGCAUGGUCUUCUCCGCCUUCUGCUGGCACAUCGAGGACCACUGGAGCUACUCCAUCAACUACCUCCACUGGGGCGAGCCCAAGACGUGGUACGGGGUGCCGUCGUUCGCGGCCGAGCACCUGGAGGACGUGAUGAAGAAGCUCACCCCGGAGCUGUUCGAGAGCCAGCCGGACCUGCUGCACCAGCUCGUCACCCUCAUGAACCCCAACACCCUCAUGGCCCACGGUGUGCCGGUCGUCCGGACCAAUCAGUGUGCGGGAGAGUUUGUCAUCACCUUCCCCCGGGCCUAUCACAGCGGCUUCAACCAGGGCUACAACUUCGCUGAAGCUGUGAACUUCUGCACUGCUGACUGGCUGCCAGCCGGGCGCCAGUGCAUCGAGCAUUACCGCCGCCUGCGCCGCUACUGCGUCUUCUCGCACGAGGAGCUGAUCUGCAAGAUGGCCGCCUGCCCCGAGAAGCUCGACCUCAACCUGGCGGCCGCCGUGCACAAGGAGAUGUUCAUCCUGGUGCAGGAGGAGCGCAAGCUGCGCAAGGCCCUGCUGGACAAGGGGGUGACGGAGGCAGAGCGCGAGGCCUUCGAGCUGCUCCCCGACGAUGAGCGCCAGUGCGACAAGUGCAAGACGACGUGUUUCCUCUCGGCGCUGGCCUGUUACGAUUGCCCCGCCCGCCUGGUCUGCCUCUACCACAUCCACGACCUCUGCAAGUGCCCCAGCAGCCGCCAGUACCUCAGGUACCGCUACACGCUGGACGAGCUCCCGGCCAUGCUGCACAAGCUGAAGGUUCGGGCCGAGUCCUUCGACACCUGGGCCAACAAGGUCCGAAUCGCCCUGGAGGUGGAGGAUGGGCGCAAGAGGAGUAAGCACCUGCCGGACGCCUGGGUUCCCUGUGGGGGGAAAGAGUGGGGUCUGAACCCACCCACGGGCCCCUUUUUCCCCCACCCUGACUCUCUUCCCCUCCCCCCGCAGGCGGUGCUGGAGCGGGCGCUGGCGUUCCAGGAGGAGGCGCAGGAGGCCCUGCGGGGGCUGCCCGCCAGCGCGGCCCAGCUGCAGGGGCUGGUGGCGCGGGGGGCGCGCUUGGGCGUGGCCGUGCCCGAGACGCGCCAGCUGGAGCGCCAGGUGCAGCAGGCGGCCUGGCUGGAGGAGGUGAAGCGGGCGCUGCGCUCGCCCCGCGAGCGGGUGCCCCUGGCCCUGGUGCGGGGCCUGGCCCAGGCCGGCGCCACCGUGGCCCCCAGCCCGGCUGUGGAGAAGGCCCGAGCCGAGCUGCAGGAGCUGCUGACCAUCGCCCAGCGCUGGGAGGAGAAGGCCCAUCUCUGCCUUGAGGCCAGGCAGAAGCACCCCCCGGCCACGCUGGAAGCCAUCAUCAAGGAGGCGGAGAACGUCCCCGUGCACCUGCCCAACAUCCUGGCCCUGAAGGAGGCGCUGGCCAAAGCCCGGGCCUGGAUCGCCGACGUGGAGGAGAUCCAGAACGGGGAUCACUACCCCUGCCUGGACGACCUGGAGGGGCUGGUGGCCGUGGGCCGGGACCUGCCGGUGCGGCUGGAGGAGCUGCGCCAGCUGGAGGUGCAGGUGGGCACGGCGCACUCCUGGCGUGAGAAGGCCUCCAAGACCUUCCUCAAGAAGAACUCCUGCUACACCCUGCUGGAGGUACUGUGCCCCUGCGCGGAUGCCGGCGCGGCCAGCCCCAAGCGCACCAAGUGGCGGCGGGAGCCGGAGCUCGGCCUCUACAAGUCGGACACCGAGAGCCUGGGGCUAUCGGCUCAGGACCUGCGGGACCCUGGCUCUGUGAUUGUGGCGUUCAAGGAGGGCGAGCAGAAGGAGAAGGAGGGCAUCCUGCGGCUGCGCCGUGCCAACGCGCUGAAGCCCGGCCCGCCGGCGCCUGGCCCCCCCUCCUGCGUGUGCGGCCAGCCGCCCGGGCCCGGCAUGCUGCGCUGCGAGCUCUGCCGCGACUGGUUCCACGCUCCCUGCGUGGCCUGGCCCCGCCUGGGCGCCCAGAAGCCCUCGCCCGCCUGGUGGGAGUGGGAUGCCAAGUUCCUGUGCCCACUGUGCCAGCGCUCCCGCCGCCCGCGCCUCGAGACCAUCCUGGCCCUGCUGGUGGCCUUGCAGAAGCUGCCCGUGCGGCUGCCCGAGGGCGAGGCCCUGCAGUGCCUGACGGAGCGCGCCAUCACCUGGCAGGACCGCGCCCGCCAGCUGCUGGCCUCGCCCGAGCUGGCCGGGCCCCUGGAGCGCCUGGCGGCCUUGCGCCAGCGGCUGCACGGGGACGCCGGCGCCCUGCGGGAGACCAGCCGGAACGAGCAGCCCAAGCUCUCCCUUGAGAACGGGGACACCACGCCACCGGAGAAGAUGUGCCCCUUCACCUCUGACCUGGAGGCGCUGGGCACGGCGCUGGCGCGGCUGCAGGGCCCAGUGCUGGAGCUGCCUGAGGGGCCGCGGCGGGCGCUGGAGGAGCUGCUCCUGGAGGGCGACCUGCUGGAGGUGACGCUGGACGAGGGGCAGAGCCUCUGGAGGCUGCUGCAGGCCGCCCGGGCGCCCCCCGUCGACACCUUCCGCCACCUGCUGGAGCUGGAGCAGGCGGAGCGGCGCGGGGCCCGGGCGCGGGGCCGGGAUGCUGAGCGGCGCCGGAAGCGCCGGGCCGAGCGGGGGGAGCUGCCCCCCCUACCGAAGGAGGAGUUAGAGCCAAAGAGGAGCCGGGAGAGCGAGCCCCCCGAUGUGGCCCCCCCUGGGGCCGGCACCGACUACAGCCAGAACGGCGUUGGGCAGUUGUGACGCCGGCCCCCUCCUCCGGACCGGACGGCUGACGUGAUGGCGCCCUGACUGGUGGGGGGGGGGCAGGGGGUGUAGCUGACCCCCCCCAGGACGCUCCCUGCCGGGGACCCCGGCCCGGACUCUGCCCAGUGAUGUAAUUAUUUUACGUUAUCCUUCCUUUUGUAUCAUGGAUACCUCGGUGCAGAGACUGGGAGUGGGGGGGCCAGGGGGCGCCGCCCCCCCAGAACUGUGCCCCUCCGGAUUCACCAUGGACGUCUCGGGGACCCCUGAGAUACCAGCACAGCCAGAUCGGCCGGACCAGCGCCCCCCACUGGUUGGACUGACUCUGGGGGGGACAGAUUCCUCCCCCCCCCACACACACACACACACUGCAGCCCUGCCCCCCCCUCCCCGGAGCUGCACAGCUGCCUCUCCAGCCCUGGAUGGGUUUUUAUAGGAAUUGGGGGAACCACUUUGGGGUUUUUCGGGGGGUGGUGAGGGGGGCGGCAGGGCUGGGGGGGGGUGGAACCUGGUCUGUUUCCAGCCCGCCCCAUGACACCCCUUAGGGGCCCCAGCCCUGACACUAAACCUCUCUCUGUCUCUUUUUAGUGUUCCUAUCACUGUCUAGGUGGGGGGCGGGUGGGGGGCGUUAUUGUAUUAUGUAUUUUUUAUUAUUAUUAAACUUUGGAGGCUAAUGGA